ACCACUUUAUUUUUUUAGAACUAAUCAAAUGAUAAAAAAAUUUGUAGUUAGUAAAUCAUGGCAUUGAUCGUUUAUUGGUAUGACUUCAUCUGCUUUGCGAUAGUUGCGGCUGCAAUCGUCACGUCCUUGUGGUUUCUAUCCCGCAGAGACAGAGGCUGCGUAGUAAUUGAUGAUACGUCCCACGAUAGCUUGUUACCACUUUAUAGAUCGAACAACCGUGGUUCGGCUCGGUUAUGGGCCAGUUGCUGGACAAGAUUACAUCCCGGCUGGCUACUCUUUACUCGUUCCACCUCUUUUCUCUCCAUGGCUGCUUUAUUGGCUUGGGAUGUCAUCAAGUGGGACGCAAGCAUCUUCGUCUAUUACACAGAAUGGACCUUCAUGCUUGUGAUCAUCUACUUUGCGAUGGGUAUUGUAGCUUCAGUAUAUGGUUGUUUGAUACAUUUAAAGGAGCUAACACUUGAAACUGAUGAAGAUGUGGUAGUAGAAAAGGUCGGAGAUGAGUUCCGGCGAAGAUUAGAGGUUUGUGGUUGUUUCAUGCAGACAAUUUUUCAGACAAGUGCAGGGGCUGUAGUGCUGACGGACAUUGUGUUUUGGUUAGUUAUAGUUCCUUUCCUAUCGACUACUCGCUUUGGGUUAAACACGUUGACGAUCUGCAUGCACACGGCAAAUGCAGGCUUCCUCCUGCUUGAAACACUCCUCAAUAGCCUUCCAUUCCCUUGGUUUCGAAUGGGAUAUUUCGUGCUAUGGAGUUGUCUCUAUGUUAUAUUCCAAUGGAUCAUCCACGCAUGUGGCUUCACUUGGUGGCCAUAUCCGUUCCUCGAGCUAGACAAGCCAUGGGCUCCGAUAUGGUACCUAUGCAUGGCAAUUGUUCAUAUCCCUUGCUAUGGAGCUUAUGCCGCAAUAGUAAAAGCCAAGAACUCCUGUUUCCCAUAUCUAUUCCCAAAUGCUCUUGUAACUUAGAUUAGAUUGUGUGAACUAUAAAUCAA